AUGACAUUCUCACAUGCUGGGCCCGGCUCUAAGGGUAGUGGUUUCUUUGCCAUAGACAGAACGAAGAUACUUGUCCUCAUAUCUCUCCUCACAACAUGGUCGAUCGCAUAUCUUCUACCGGUAUACAGACCCGUGAUAAAAGGACACAUCAGAGGAGGAUAUAAUGCGGCAAUUCAAAGAGUACCUAGAAUAAAGGUGGACUGGUUUCCCGAUCGUGACCCUCGAGGCCAGUUCGACACGUCAAAGGUCGCUCUUAUGAUUGAAGGAAGACCGAUUCCUCAUCUCGUUCCACAACUACUACAUAUGAUUACAGUUGUGCCGAAUGAUUGGCGAUUCGUUUUUAUUGGCACAAACGAAAGUGUUACGGAGGUUUCUCGGAGUUUUGCGACUCAAUAUCAUAUGGUCAAUGGAAAGCUAGAUUUGCUUGUAUUGCCCGACCCUUGGAAGAUCGAUAGCAAGGAGGAUGUGCAUAGAGUGCUUACAGAUAUCCGUUUCUACGAGGAGUUUCUGCCAGGCGCAGAGUUUCUGUUCAAGUUUGAGUCCGACAGCAUUUUAUGCGCGAACUCGGCUGAUAGUUUGAAUGACUGGAUAUCUUACGAUUGGGCUGGCGCGUCAAGAUCUGAAUAUGACGGCUUUGCGGGAAAUGGUGGUCUCUCGUUGAGAAGAGUUUCAACUGUGAAGAGAAUCCUCAAGUUCCAAAAGCGGCUCAACGAUACCGAGGCCGAAGACGAAUGGUUUGGGAAACGAGUAACCUUAAUACCCGAGACGAAAGUUGCCCAGGGCGGACAGGAAAGCCAUUUCGCUGUCGAAGACUAUUACUAUGACAAUCCAUUGGGAUUUCAUGUGCGCAAUGGCGGCCAAGAUCUCGCAGAUGGCGUCUGGAAAGAUCCUACGCAGAGGAAGAAAAUCUUCGAUUACUGUCGCGAACUCAACAUAAUUAUGCCGAUGAAAUUGGAGAGAGAGAGAUGUGCUGGAGAUAACUUGGAGGGAAAGAUUGGUACUGUAUGA